GGUUUUUGAGCAGUAGUGUCCGAUGACGUCACCGCCAGGAAAGUACACAACAUUACUGAGCUGCUGCUGCUGCUGCAUUGAGGGACAACCGACAAGACAAUCACAGUCUCCCUGCGGAAACCUUUCAUGACAUUCACAUAAGGAAUACAACCUGCCCUAUCAUGGAGAAGCCUCCUUUCAGACAGAACCAGAGCUGCGGCGCCUGGGAGUUGAAAGAGAGACUGGGCAUGGGUGGCUUUGCACAUGUUUAUCUCUACCAACACCAUGAAACAAAUGAGAAACUAGCUGUGAAAAUGUGCCGCCUGGAGCUGACGGCAAGAAACAAGGACAGAUGGAGCAGAGAGAUUCAAAUCAUGAAAAAGUUAAAUAAUAUCAAUGUGGUGACAGCUAGAGAGGUGCCCGAAGAGAUGAAUCACAUAGCCUUAAACGAUCUUCCGCUGCUGGCCAUGGAGUACUGCUCCAGGGGAGAUCUGAGAAAGUUGCUGAGCAAACCGGAAAACUGUUGUGGGUUGAAGGAAAGCGAGGUGCUCUCACUACUCAACGAUGUCGGCUCAGGCAUCCAGUAUCUGCACGAGAACAAGAUCAUACACAGAGACCUUAAGCCUGAAAACAUAGUCUUACAAGAUGUCAGCGGCAAGCUUGUUCACAAAAUUAUUGACCUUGGCUACGCUAAGGACUUGGACCAAGGCAGUCUCUGCACUUCUUUCGUUGGAACCCUCCAGUACCUGGCCCCAGAGCUGUUUGAGACGAAGCCGUACACCGUCACUGUGGACUACUGGAGCUUCGGCACCAUGGUGUUUGAGUGCAGCUGCGGCUUCCGGCCGUUCCUGCACAAUCUGCAGCCCGUCCAGUGGGCCACCAAAGUACGGAACAAGGGACCAAAAGACAUCAUGGCUGUUGAGGAGCUGACCGGAGAAGUUAGAUUCUCCACACAUCUGCCCUAUCCUAACAACCUCAGCAGCACACUGCUGGAGCCCAUGGAGGGCCUCCUGCAGCUCAUGCUGAAGUGGGACCCAGUCCAGAGGGGCGGCAGGAUGGGCGCGGACAGCAAGAAGCCCCAGUGCUUCGAGGUGUUGGAGCAGAUCUUGAACAUGAAGGUGGUCCACAUCCUCAACAUGACCACGGCCCAGGUCCACUCCCUGGAGCUGGCCCCGGAGGAGAGCCUGCACAGCCUGCAGCGGCGCAUCGAGGCCGAGACCAAGAUCGAGGUGGUGAACCAGGAGCUGCUGCAGGAGACGGGCGUGUCGCUUGACCCCCGCAAGCCCGCCGCACAGUGUGUGCUCGACGGAGUGAGGGGUUGGGACAGCUACAUCGUGUACCUGUUUGACAAGAGCCUCACCAAGUACUCCGGCCCCCUCAGUGCCCGGCCACUACCAGACAAGGUCAACUCCAUCGUGCAAGAGGCGAAGACCCAGCUGCCUCUGGGGGUGCUGAAGAAGGUGUGGGGGGAGGCGGUGAGCUACAUCUGUGGGCUGAAGGAGGACUACAGCAGGCUCUUCCAGGGCCAGAGGGCUGCCAUGCUGAGUCUGCUGCGCUACAACACCAACCUGACCCGCUACAAGAACAGCAUGUUCGGCUUCUCCCAGCAGCUGAAGGCCAAGCUGGACUUCUUCAAGAGCAGCAUCCAGUACGACUUGGAGAAGUACAGCGACCAGAUGCACUACGGCAUAUCCUCUGAGAAGAUGCUGAAGGCCUGGCAGGAGAAUGAGGAGCGAGCCGCAGCCUUUGCUCAGGUGGCAGAGGUGGGCCAUUUGGACGAGGAAAUCAUGGCUCUCCACUCUGAGAUCGUGGAGCUACAGAGGAGCCCAUACGCCCGUCGCCAAGGAGACAAGAUGGAGCAGCUAGAAGAAAAGGCCAUUGAACUCUACAAGCAAAUGAAAAUCAAGUGUAAAACCCCCGAGUCUGAGGUGUGCAGCGAUAGCUCUGAGAUGGUCAAAGCCAUCAUUCAGACGGUCCAGAACCAGGACAAGGUCCUCAAAGACCUGUACACCCACCUCAGCAAGAUCCUGCUGAGCAAGCAGAAGAUCAUAGACCUGUUCCCGCGCAUCGAGAAGACCCUGGAGAGCAUCAAGGAAGCCGACAACACGGUGAUGCUGAUGCAGAUCAAGAGGCAGAAGGAGUUCUGGCACCUGCUGAAGAUCGCCUGCGCUCAGAACUCGUCGCGGAACUCCAUAGCGGCCAGUCCGGAAACCUCCAACCCACUGCAGGCCUCCCAGUGGUCCCAGUCCGCUCAGCCCAUCAGCUCCCCACACCCGCUCACCUCCCUGCCCGGGCCCAACGACAGUGACGCGGCCCCCCGGCUGCUGCAGGAGAACCAGAGGUACCUCAGUCAGCUGACCAGCCUGAUGCAGGACGCGGCUGACGAGCAGACCAAGAGCAUAGUGGAUCAAGACUGGAGCUGGACCAAAUACGAGAAUACUUUAUCAACAAAGCUGAAAAAAAGGAACGCAUAGGAGCCGCAGGCGGCCGCCUCAGCCCCGCCCUUCCCCAGCCCCGCCCCCAGCCGGAAGCCCCGCCCCCAGCCCCGCCCCUAGCUGGUUGCUGCCCCGCCCCCAGCCCCGCCCUCCGUCCCUGCGCUCCCAGUAACACUACGGACUCGAUGCCUUUUCCACAACGGAGUGAACCUUUGUAGCGCCCCCCCCCCCCCCCCCCCUUGGGAUACACACUUCAACAUGGGUUGUUGUUCAGCUACCUGCGCCUGCGGUACGAUGAUCCACGUCCCUUCUCCAUGACCUCCCCACCACCCAUCCACCCUCAUCGUCUCAUCCUAUGGGUCGACCGUCUGGUCAAGCGAAUACGAUCAGGGUUUUUUUAUACAGGAACCAACGAAAAGAAAAGGUUUAACGCUGUGCAUUUAUCGGUUCAGAAGAGAUUUUCGGAGCGUUCAUCUGACUCCUCUUUAAGUCGCCUGGACGAUGUGUUGGUGAUAAUGGUUAGCUACUGAUGCUGUUAAUGUUACAUUCUACUGGUUCACAACUGAGCAAACUGUAGUAGCGGACUGGGGGUGGUGGUGGUGAGAAGUGUGAGGGGGGGCGGGCAGAGGGUGUUCGAUGAGGCCAUCCACAUGGCUGCGACACAAAAGGGAAGCGUCCGUUUCCUUUUUGGUUUGAGGGGGAGGGGGGGGGAAGGGAAGGGGGGAGGCGAGAGGGGAAAUUUCAAUCUGCACUUUGACACGCCCAAUGCGUUCCCCAUCCCUGUGAAGAGACACGCAAGGCUGCUGCCCACCACGUCCGGUUGCUAGGCCAACCACGCAGCCUCUUGGGGCUUCAGCCAACGAUCGCCCACAUACGAGACGGAACACUGUUCGCACCCAUGUCCCAAGUUAAUAUAUUUUUUACGAUACUAUUCAUUCUAAGUGAUAAAGAUGAUAUGUCUGUGUUCUUGUUUUGUUUUUUGCUAACUAUUCUAAUGGUCAUCGUGACUAUAUCUGCUGAGGGAGGGAGAGGGGGUGCGUGGCCCUUUGUGUGUUUAUACAAUGUCUAUACUGUACAUUUGUCUCUUCUGGAGUCGCACUGACGCGCGCUCGGUUCUGUUGCACAUUCCCCCCAUGUCGCUGGAGGACGGCGUCCAUGCAGAAGGUUUGCCACGGCCCGGGUUCACCCUCAACGCACAAUGAUCGGCUCUGUGUGUUCAUCUCCCAUGAGAAUAAAGGGAUCUGGAAACGGACCCACUUGAUUGCGGAGCGCCCCCGGGAAUGACAGGAAUUGUUCGACCGGUCAUACGUGAUCACGCCGUGGCAACGCUUUUUUCCGAGGUGUAUUUAUGAAGUUAGGGUGCGAUGGAGAGAAGAAGAAAAAAUAUUUUUGUAUUUAAGUAACAUGGUUUUUUCUUCUACAUUCAAAUGUUAAUAUGCGUGUGGUCAAACACGUCAGGCGAUGAGUGUUUGUUUCAUUUCUAAGAUUCUCAUUGUCAAUCACAUUGCCUGGUAUUACAAUAAAAAGACUUUGGCAUGAUC